AUGGAACACAAAGGCAGUAACUUCCUACUUAAAUGGAUAAAGUUCGUGCCACAUGUGAAGCUGUUCUUUAACAACCGGCCAGCUGUAACACCCUUCCGGUCCCUAGCUGCCAUGCCACCCGAAGCAAGCACGAGAGCUGAGAUACUGCCAGGUUGCCCAAACCUAGACAAGAAAAGUCGAGAGGCAGAGGUCGGGUUCAAACCACUUGAGCCCACUUUCCCCCGCUCUUUAACAAUUCGUGGGAGCCGACACAUUCCGACGGCAGUGAAGUCAAGAUGGGCCUCUGUCCGAAAAAGAGUGCGGAUAAUCUAA